CCUCCUCUCCUCUCUGCAGCCCGUUCAGCUCCACACUAUCAGCCUUCUCUCCUCAUCUCUCUGCAGCUGCUGGACUCUCUCCUCCACCAGACCCAGACCCGGACCCAGACCCAGACCCGGACCCAGCCAGACCACCAGCCGGAUCUCAGUCUGCAGAAACGCGUAAAGCACCGUCAACAUGUCCUCAGUGCUGCAGAAGCUGAUCAGCCCUCUGGCCAGCAGCCCCGCUGAGCCCCCCAGGAACAAGGUGACCGUGGUCGGAGUGGGCCAGGUGGGCAUGGCCUGCGCCAUCAGCAUCCUGUUGCGGGACCUGUGUGAUGAGCUGGCUCUGGUGGACGUGAUGGAGGAUCGUCUCAAAGGAGAGAUGAUGGACCUGCAGCACGGCAGCCUCUUCCUCAAGACCUCCAAGAUAGUUGCUGACAAAGACUACGCGGUGACGGCCAACUCUCGCCUGGUCAUUGUGACGGCCGGCGUUCGCCAGCAGGAGGGCGAGAGCCGCCUUAACCUGGUACAGAGGAACGUCAACGUCUUCAAGGCCAUCAUCCCUCAGAUCAUCAAGUACAGCCCCAACUGCACGCUCAUCGUGGUCUCCAACCCCGUCGACGUGUUGACCUACGUGACCUGGAAGCUGAGCGGCCUGCCCAAGCACCGCGUCAUCGGCAGCGGCACCAACCUGGAUUCGGCCCGUUUCCGCUACCUGAUGGCCGAACGCCUCGGCAUCCACGCCAGCUCCUUCAACGGCUGGGUGCUGGGAGAGCACGGAGACACCAGCGUGCCGGUGUGGAGCGGAGCUAACGUGGCAGGUGUCAACCUGCAGAAGCUGAAUCCUGAUAUUGGAACUGAUGGUGAUAAGGAGCAGUGGAAGGCCACACACAAAGCUGUAGUGGACAGCGCCUACGAGGUGAUCAAGCUGAAAGGCUACACCAACUGGGCCAUCGGUCUGAGCGUGGCGGACCUGACGGAGAGCAUCGUCAAGAACAUGAGUCGGGUCCAUCCUGUCUCCACCAUGGUCAAGGACAUGCAUGGUAUCAGUGAGGAAGUCUUCCUGUCUCUGCCCUGCGUGCUGAACAGCACCGGCGUGAGCAGCGUGAUCAACAUGACCCUGACGGACGCCGAGGUGGGCCAGCUGAGGAAGAGCGCCGACACGUUGUGGGGCAUCCAGAAGGACCUCAAGGACGUCUGAACACACCCGCACAUGAUACCCGUGAUGCACAGAAUCCCGUCGACAAAAGCACACUCCUUUUAUGACAACCCCUGUGUCUUAAACUGUACCGCUCUUAUUUUGAAGGAGAAUACCAGUGAGUUUCAAAGAUUGUGCGAGCAGUGAGAAUUUCAGUUUUACAUACAGUACGUCAUCCAGCCUGUUUUUAAUGUCAGCGCUGCAUUAUGUCACCAUCUACUUCCUGUCAAUCACCUUUAAGUCUAAGAAACACUGGUAUGCUCCUUUAAAAACAAUGAACUCCCCAGCAGUUAGUAGGCUGAAGUUACUGUGUUUGUGUUAAGAGAUGUAAGCUGACAUGUGUUACUGUAGUCUUUCAGCCGGACCAGUUGAAGCACAACCCUCCAAAAGCUCAAACCGUCACUGUUCCCCCGACACCACUUACUGCACUGAGUCGUUCCUUUAGUUCCCUGCAGGGAAUCACUAAGAGAAACACCCUAAAUGUCUCUGGAGAAACACCCUAAAAGUCGCUGUUUCCUCCCACCUUCGUCUCAAAGUGGUACUCUACAGCCGACAGACACUGAGUCAACACACGGUGAAGUCGUGACGUGUGAAGGUGGAUUUUUCUUCCCCUCCUGUUUGCUGAGUGUUACUGUAGCAAAGGGAGAUGGAGCAGCAGGAGAGGAGUGGAAACUCGUCUUUGAAACAUCAGUUUGUUACUGUCUGACCUUGUGCUGUGUGUAACUUAAUAAAUCUGAACCUGAUGAAGGA